CCUGAGACGUCCAGCGCUCAACAUGAGGAACACAAUCAUGUGCAUCUAACACGUCUUUUAUUAACGAUUAUUUUUGAAUCCUGCCACACCUCAGCUUUAAACUGACUCGGGAGCUAAAAGUAGUACGUAAUGAUUCUGCCAGAAAUAAUGAAGAAGGGUUGGCAAUCUAAUUUGAUCAUAGACUCACUGGCAUGAGAGAUGGACAGACCUGGUCCUGGAAGGCAGAUGGUAAUCUAUACAUGAGACUGUGGGCAGUUAAGAUGAUACAGUAGAUGAAUGAGCUUCAGUUUAUCCACCAUGCGGCUGGAAGUGCUGCAGUUCAUUGCUGGAUUCUGUGGAGCUCUGGGCUCAGUCUUUCUUCUGCUUUCUCUGGGGACCGACUACUGGCUGCUAGCCUCCGAGUCUUGUGAUCCAGGGGACAAAAUUACUACACGACUUAGGAGAUCCACGACAGAGGAUGGCCUUCAAGAACAUCAAGAUGGUCCCAAACAUGUGGUCCUGGCCUACCAUGAAGGUGUUUUCUGGAGAUGCUCCUACGUGAAGGAAAUAGACAGAGAAGAGGACAGCAUGUUGGACUUUUGGAUCAGUAGGUUGAAAAAACAGGCUAAUCUGGGGUUAAAAAGGAUUUCGUCAUGGAGAAGCACUGCUUAUGCCAACCAACCGUCAGAGAAGAUAUGCACACCAGCCUAUCUCUCCCAAGUUCCUCUUUCUGGAAUUUCAACCUCAGAUUCAGCUACUGUACAUAGGGCCUUUUGGUGCAUUAUGUCUGUGCUGGGACUCACCAUGGUUACGCUUGGUGUGUUUGUCACCAUCUGCGGCAUCCCAACGGCCAGCCGUCGCCUUUAUGAGGCUGGAGGAGCUCUCUUCAUAACUGGGGCACACCAAACUCCCCAAGGCACCCCUGAAACAUCCACUGCAAGGCCUGCUUAUCUUUUUGGUGGUAGGAACGUUUGCGGCGUGGGUGCAGGGUUCAUCCACUCUGGAACAGUACGUCCUCCAGCGCAGGCUCUCGGCAUGCCCCAGCCUCCACCUCAGCGUCCACUAUGGCUUGUCCUUCAUGCUGGCCCCUGCUGCCUCCUUCUUCUGCCUGCUGUGUGGCCUGCUGAUCCUGCUUAUGCAGACCGCCUCCAGAGCAGAGUCUGCAAGCGCAGCGCGUGAGCCGCCCUCAGUGCAGGAGGGAUGGCAGGUCAGCACGCUGUAGGUCUGCUGAGUAAGACGUGGAGAUGUAAAGGAAAAAGUUACUGUUAAUGCGUCUUCUGGCUGCCAAGGAGGAUGAUGUGUUCCUGAAGAGAAGAGUGCUGCUGGUUUGCACUCAGGCCUACAGCAGGGUGUUCAAAGUCUGGCCCCAGGGCCAAAGGCAGCACACAGACCGUUUUUAAUUGGCCCCCGACUUCUGUUUUACAGUGUAUUUUAAGGAGACCGCCAGCCAGUACGUUGCAGUUCUUUCUUUUACCUGAUGGUGGCAGCUGACCAGACCUGCAGCUUCAUUUACUGAACUACAUUUAGUCAAGACUUCUGACAUGAAGCUCAAACUAAACACUGAGAACUGGCGAUCUUGGCGAGAUGAAAAACUUCGUUUCGGUCGUUCAGUAAAUAUUAAGCCUUUAAGGUUGAACAACAA